AUGGGAUUUCUUUGGAUAUUUAACUGCUGUAAAGCACAGCAGGAGGAUGAUGAUGCAGAACAAUGGUUCUUUGCCAGGGAGUGUGAAGCAGUUUGGUAUGGGUUUGACUCUGAAUGGGAAUCCAUACAAGACAGAAAGCAGAGGCUUAAAAAAUACAGCCUGGAAGAUCUUAAGAAACAACUAGAACUGUUUGGUAUCACUAUAGUUGAAGAAAAAGGGCAAAAGAAGCACAAGAGCGAGAAGAAGAUGAAGAGAGAGUAUAGGAAACUUCUCAUGCGAAGGAUGAAGAUAGUGGAGACUGAGAGGGCAAGAAGGUCAGUGCAAUUUAGGAGAAUGAAGCCAGAAGAGAAGAUGGAUUUGGUGAAGAGGGAACCAAAUGACUUGGACCAGGAGAGUGAAAACACACAUGACGAAAAGCAGAGCUUGAAGACAUCUGAAGAGCUGAUUCCUCAGCAGCAGGGUCUGAGGGCAACGCUGAGGGUGGAGGCCCAGGAAAGAGAAGACAACAAGGAAGACAUAAAGGAUGAGGAAGUUGAAAAGGUGAAUGACAAAGACUGCACAGAUGCACAAGAGACAGGAAGGAAACAAGAAUUAGACUUGAGGACCAAGACACGUGGGGAGAAGGAGGAAGAGGAAGAAACAGACUUCAACAAGAUCAAUGAAGAGGAUGACAGCCUGAAGGGGGGGAAGCGUGAGAAAAGUGUUAUAAAGGAAUGUGAGGUGAAGUUAGAGGAGAGUGAGAAAAAACAGGAAAACACAGAUGAUGGUGUGGCCUCUGGGACAAUGGCAACAGUCUCAUUGGAGUUGCAGAAUGAGGAUCACGAGGAGAAGCAAGAAGAGGCCACAGUUAAGGAGGAGAGAGUGUACAACGAUGGGAAAGUAAAGGAUGAUGAGGAGCUGAUUGAAGAGAAAGAGGAAGGAGUUAACGUGAAGGGAAAGGAAGGGCAAGAGGAGGUGACAGAAUGUGUGGUGGAGAUUAAAGAGAAAAAUGUGGAGGAUAUUGACAUGGCCACAGCUUUGGUGACAACCAAAAAAGUCAGUGAUAUGAUCCAGAGUAAUGAAGUUCAAAAGGAAGAGCCAGAUGUGGCGGUCUUGGAGAAGGAGGGGGUGAAAGAAGAUGGAAUGGAGGAGAAAGAGAUUGAGGAGAAAGAAGAGGAGGAAAAGGACAGGAAGUUGCAGGAGGUGCAAGAAGAGGUGAAGGACUGUAUGGUGGAUGUAGAGGAGGAGGUUGAGGAAAAUGCAGAUGAUGAGAACACACACUCUUUGGAUUUGGCACAGAAUGGGAAUCAAGAGAAGGAGGAGGAGAAGGCCGCAGAGAAGGAUAUGAUGAGCAAAGAUGAGACAAAAGAGAGUAGAGUGGAGGAUGAUAAAGAAGUAGUGAUAAAAGAAAAGGAGGAGCUAGCGGAGGUGCAGGAAGAAAAGAAAGCAGAGGACAUGAAGGUGAAGGAGGAGCAGGAGAAGGUGGAGAUUAUGGUGGAGAGAAAACAGAAGCAGGUGGAUAUAACUGAUGGGACUGUGGCCAUGGAGAUGAGACCAGAGGUUUCCCUGAUUACAGAGAGAAACGCCACCCUAAUUGAAAACAGAAGAGGUGGGAAGUCAAAAAACAAACGCAAUCAACCGGAGGUGUACAAGCCACCUAUGAUGACAAAAGAGGAAAAUGGACAGAGCAUGAAAGAUGGACAUCAACUUGGGUUUGAGAACCAAAACAGGAGAAGAGAAGGUCAAAAUACAAGAAAGGAGGUUUGGAGAGGACCAAAUGUAUACGGGAAAAAUCCCAAUAGAUACAGGGGAGAUCCAAAGAAAUACUGGAGAGAACCAAACAGAUGCUGGGGACAACAAAAGACAUCUUCAGGACAUACAGUGGAGGAUGGAAAGGAGCUGAUGGACAACAAAGGAAAGGAAGAUGAGAAAAAGAAGGCAAAGGAGAAGGAGGACAUGAAGGUGCAGAAGGAGCAAGAGGAAGUGAAGGAGUGUGUGUUAGAGGUAGAGGAGAAAGAGAAGGAAGACACAGAUGAUGGGACUGUGGCCGUAGAGACUGCACUGAAGGUCUCUCUGGGUGAGUAA